CCCGCGACUGGCGCGCCAAAUUUCAAAGGACUUCCUCCUGGGAGGAAAAGAAGGCGAAUAAGUCGCAACCGACGCCUGGCGGAACAACAAAAAAACAACCGAAACCCCGCAGAAACAAUCCCGCAGGUUGGACUUCAAAGGGAGCUGAAUCCGCCGGUCGACGGGGCUCCAUCGGCGGGUCGAGUGGACGAACACCACUCGGGGACACGGCGUCGCUAUCAGACACACCUCGGCUGUUGCACCCUGUCAGGGUUCCCACCUGUGAUAUGGCUGAUGUCAGCAGCCUGGGAUUUUAAUCUCUCUGACACACAGACGCUCAGAUGACAGCUGGUUAAACUGGAAAUAUCAAAUGCCAGAACUCAAGCUAUAAAGUCAAAGCUGUCAAUUUUUUUUGGCAUUUCUUUUUUUCCGGGGGCCAGAGAGGAGAGUGGGGGUGUUAAUGUUCCCUACACCUUUUCGAUUUAGUAGCGUGUACCGUCCACUUCGCUGAAGCUCUUUUAAUCUCCAAAUCCAUCUUACAGCCUCCACUCCACGGAGUGGUGUGUGUGUGUGCGUGUGGGGGGGGGGUAGUUUAUAACAGAGUGCACACUCAUCACCAGCUUAUACAGCGCGCCAUAUCCCCUCGUUAUUUAUUCAUGUAUUCGCAAAGGGGCGCAGCAAGUCACCGGCUUUCCAUGCUGAUGCGAACACCUGUUGGUCAAAGCUGCUCCACCCGCCUGUAACCGUUCACGCUCCCGGAAUAGUUCAUCUUUGUGUUUGCACUCUUUGGUCGAAUGUCUUCAGCCUAACUCCCGUCCACUAGUGAAGACUCGUGACCCCUGAAUGGAUGGCAGCCUCCUGUAAGUCAGGACUUGGCAUAGAGAGGGUGUGGCCUCAGGGCGGGGGCAGGCGGGGACUCUGCGGUGGCAGACAGUCGAACCCUCCGGUCAUGCCUUCGGGGGUGCAGCCGUGCUUCCAGUUGCUCCGGAUCGGCUCGUCGGCCGGCGACUCAGCACGGGACCUGUACACGUUCCGGCCGGCUCUGAGCCACUCCGUGUUCCGGCUGGGCCGCGCGGCGGAGCUGUGCGACGUCACACUGGACUCCACGUCGGUGUCGCGGAUCCACGCCGAGCUGCACGCCGAGAGGGACGUGGGCGAGGGCGCCUCGGCGCCACAGGAGGAGGGCUGGAUGGUCCACGUCAAUGACAGGAGCAGUCAUGGCACCUGGGUCAACGAGGUCCGCCUCCAGCCUGGCGUCCAGUGGGAGCUCUCGGACGGCGACACGCUGACCUUCGGUGGCCAGUCGGCUCCCGGGAGCCCCGAGUUCUACUUCCUCUUCCAGAAGGUCAAAGUUCGCCCGCUAGACUUUGACGCCAUCACAAUUCCAAAGGCGGGCACCUUCUCCUCCGACCUGCAGAACCGCAUCAGGACCAAUCUGGACCGCAAGGUGGCCGCCAACCUGGACCUGUCCAAGCUGUCCAUCAACCGGGCCACCGUCAUCCUCAACUCCAUCGGCAGCCUGAGUAAGAUGAAGGGCAGUGCCUGGACCUUCAAGAGGAGCCUCAGCCACGGGGGGGCCGCCUCGGACCCCGGCUCCUCCUCCUCGCCGCCUCUGGCCGCUGGCUUGUCCUCCCUGCUGCCGCCCUCUACGCCGCCGCCGUUCUCCUCGUCCUCCGCUGCGUCGGCGCCCUCUGCCAAGUCCUUCCAGCCGACCUCCAGGAGCAGGAGGAAGUCGGCCCACACGGUGCUGCUCGAGGACGACAGCUCGGACGAGCCCAGGAGUCGGGGAGCUCCAGCUGGAGUCGCAGAGGACGGGCAGCGCUCGAGGGCGAAGAAGAGGCGGCGGCUCUACAAGUCUGAGUCGGAGAGUUUCAGCUCCCCGCCUCCUCUGCCGCUGCAGCCCAAGAGCCACGACGACGUCCGGCGGCCGCUGGAAGCCAAGCCCUUCCCCGUCGGCAUCCGGACCAUCGGCAGCUUCCACGGCGCCAUGACCAACAGCCGCCUCGACCACCACCUCCUCCAGGCGUCGCUCACCACCGCCGCGGCGGCCCACAAGCAGGAGGCGCAGACGCUGCGGCAGGUCCAGACGGUGGUGCACGGCAACAUCGCGGCCUUCCGCCAACAGAAAGCGGCGCACGGCUCCCCGGGGUCACAGAGGGGCAGGAGGAGGUCUCUCUGCUCCCCGGUGUUCUCCCCUCUGGUGGUCGGAGGGGAGAACUACAGCCUGGCCUCGCCCUCGGUGAGGAUCUGCACGGAGGAGAGAGGCCGGGUGCAGUUCAGCAGGUUCCACCAUCCCACCAGUAAACGGCGAGGCCGCCCAAGAAAGCACCCGCCCCCUCCUCGGCCGUCCUUGCCCUCCUUGCCCUCCUUGCCCUCCCCGUCCUCCUCGUCCUCCUCUUCCACCUCCUCCGCCUCUUCCUCUUCUGGCUCCUCGUCCUCUUCGUCGUCCUCCUCCGAGGACGACGAAGAGGAGGGCGACGAGGCGGCGAUGGGCGGGGCGGUGGAGCCAUGCGCGGCGCCGUGCUGCCGGCUGCCUCAGCAGGACACGGUGCAGUGGAUCCAGUGCGACGUGUGCGACGCCUGGUACCACAUAGACUGUCUGCACGUGGACCGCAAGAAGCUCCUGAGGGACCCCAACGCAGACUUCCACUGCGGAUGUUGCUAACGGGACGCCUGUGCGACAGCACGUUGUCCCGCCUCAGAUGUUUGUUUCCUCCAGCCGCUCUCAACAGACCUCAUUAAAGAAAGAAAAGGAGUUUCCUUCGAUUAUUUUAUUUUUCUUCCUCCUCCCAAGUUUGAUGACUCGUUACCUAACAGUGGCGCUCAGUUCCAGGGCUCAAGCACACGGUGAGAUGUUUCUGAGCACCUUGCCAAGGCCGACUAAUGAAAUGUCUCCCAUCGGCCCGCAGCAGCGGUUUAAUGACGUUCUUGAGCGCGGCCGCCUUCCACCCUCAGCGACCUUUUUACGUGGCCCAAAAAAACCCGGACGCUCGUGCUUUUCCGCCUCGCCGCUGUCAACUCCUCCGUGAAACGUUCCGGUGCAGUGGCGGAAGUUUUCCAGACAAUUAAACUCCGGUACUCUCACUGUGGCUGCUGAUGAGGGCUGCUCGAUGGAGGAUAAGAGAGGGGAGGGGAGGGGGAAGUCAUCAAAUGUUUCAGGGCACUUUGUUUUUGUUGCCGCUCUGCAGGACUCUAGCAGUGUGAUGAAAUAUCAUCCGCUGACGUAACGGAGUCAGGAAGUCGUGGUCCGACCGGAGGGGUCUUCUCACUGCAAAGAGGACACUGACGCACACACACACACACACACACACACACACACACACACACAGAUACCAGAUAACGUUAGUGUUCUGAAUAUAGUUUUUUACUUUAAUCGUACCACUAAGCGUGUGUGUUUUUUUUUGUUGUGGGAGAAAAUGUGGAACAUUUGAUUCUUGAGCAAUAAAAUAAGAAAAAAUAUAUCUAAAAAAAAUAUGUAUAUUUUUUUAACUUUUGUAAUAGCAACUUUGUAAGACUAAUGAUUGGUUACAGCCCAAUGACACAAUUUCUCCUAAUUACUAACUUAAAUGUAGUCUUACUCUUCAAAAGGUUUCAGCUUCACUUGCUGUUUUGACGAUCAACCCAAAGAAAUUGUUACCUCUUCACUGCAGUAAUACAAUAACAACCUCUAAUACUAAUACUGUCGGUUUCUCGACUGUAAAAAGGAAAAAUAAGAUAUUUGAUUUGUUUCAUCCACCAUGAACAGUGUUGCGUAUUGAGUUCUGUUUCCCUGUUGGAGCUCUGAAGAUAUUUAAAAGCCUGUUCGUGUCUCCAGAGCUUCCACACAAAGGAGCGCACUAACGUCGCUCGUCAUGUUGCCGUUGGAGCUCCUCGUGGAGCGAGAAAAGGGACGGCACGCAGCUGAGAGUGAUGCUUUUUUAAUUGGCAAAAAGUGAUGACAAACUCCAAAGCAGAAAAGACAGAAGGAAAGAAAAAAGGUGUGAAACGUGUGCGAUGUUGAAGAUGGAGGAAAAGCAGCGCGACUCGAUCGUUGAAAUUCCAAAUGCAGCUGCGGAGAAGCUCCUUCUACGCGCCUCCCUGCUGUCUCUGACCAUGUCAGCGUUGUGAGGCGCUGCAGGGGCUCGUUGUUGUUGCCACUGACGGGCUCACUCUGGUAUUGUGAGGGUCUUGAUGACGUUAUGGGAACAACCUCUCGUUCUGUCUAAACUCUGUAAAGACUGAGAAUCUCCACUUUAACAGUUCCCUUUAGAGAUAUUUAUAUCGUACAUUAGAACUCCAAGCUAUGCUCCAACAAACAACCUGAUAUUGCUUUUCAACUCUCGCUCUGCUGUCCACCGCUCUGCCAUCAAAAGGUCCCAUGGCACCGGUUCACAUGACGUUGUUGGACACACACACAAUGAUCUUGGCCAACAACGAGCACUUCUAGACGGGGAGGAGGUGCAGCCUCUAGUGGCUUCCAUCUGCAGGGGCCUCCCUCAAUACUGGACCAGUUUUGAGACCGUUCAGAGACCAGAACGUGGUACAAUAGGGUCCAGUUGGAACAGCCCCCCCCCCCCCCCCACACCUUUCUUUCCGAGGAGUCCACAGAAGUGUCCUGCGUUCAUCGUCAUCAUCGCGCUGUCAAUGCUUUGUUGGUUUUGUACAGAAUUCAAACCAAUUGUCAUCUCUGGAGAUGCCAUCAGCAUCAGAGCUGUU